CUUCCUCUUCACAUUUUCCCCGCUGAGGUAGUCACAUUGUUAGUUCCAAGUAUAGCUAAAAAUUUACCAUCAUCGGCAAGAUGCCUCCAGUAAGAACAAAAAGACGGACACUCUCAAGAAGACAGAUUGAAACCCAGCAAGUGUCACCAUUCAGGGGACGACCCCUAGGAAUCAAAGGAGAACAACGGAUGGCGCUUCCCAAACAUCAACGUCCGCAGCCAUUGUUAAUGUGGCUGCCCAACCCGAAUUCGCCAACUCAACAGACGAAUCCAACAACGCAAACGGUUCAAACACUCUUGCAGGUUGUGCAGCGGGACCCAUCCAGCAAUCAACUGCAGAAAACAACAGUCCAACCACUAAUUACCCAGUCCCGUCUAACACCAAUGUAUACACAUUGGGCAGCAUACCAAUCAAAAUAACUCCACUGCAAACAUUUUUAGAAAUAUACAAAGAGAAAGAAUUUUUGAUAAAUGGUUUUCAAUUUGGUUUUCAAUUACAAUACAAUGGCCCCAGAAGACCCAGAGAAGCUAAGAAUCUAAAAAGUGCAUAUCA